GCACACUGGGCAUUGACGCUGCCAGCAUAGGACGCAAGGUGCCGCACAGCUGACUUUGAGCGGCUUCACGACUCGUGCGAAAGCAAUCCCAACCAUCAGUGCGAGUUUGAAGAGCGAUAACAAUGCGCACGCUCUCAUUAGCAGCCCUGCUCUCCCUAGCCGGCUCGUUCCAGCACGCGACGCCGCUGCGACGACCGCACACGCUGCGCGCCUUGCUCGAAGUCACGGACCAGUACGGCUUCGUCGACGAGGCCGCGACAUUACAAGCGAACCGCGACCGCACGGGCUUCCCCAUCGCCCCCGACGACUUGAUAGCAAGAGCCAAAGAGGUCAUCGUCAAAAACCAGAACCUCCAGGACCCGGCCGUUUUUGAUGAUAGUAUAUACGCCGACAAUUUUAGAUUUGUGGCGCCGUUCGUGGGAGGGGCCACGUCGACGACGGGCGAGAAGAUCGGCUUCACGAAAGCGGAGUUCCUCGCAUCUCUCAGAUCCUUCGAUCUGUUAAAGGCCUUUCCGAACUUGAACAACCGCUACCACGCGUUCCGGGUGGACGUGUUUGAACCGAAUCGGGUCUGGUUUCAAACGAGGGCCAAGGCGACGCACACGGGCGAGCUCAUGGGCGCGGCGGCGACGGGCAAGGCGCUAGAACUACCGCCGGAGGCGCUGAGCAUGACGUUCAAUGAAGACGGCCAGGUCGAGCUGUUUACCGUGGGGUACGUGAUAGAUCGGACCGCAGGAAAUACCGGAGGACUAGGCGGGGCCUUCGGCUACUUCUGGGGCACGGGCAACCCCCUGCCCUUCCCGGAGUGCCAGCCCUUCAAGGGGUCGCUGCAGCUGCGUUUAUUAGGAGCGCUCCAGAAGCUGCUGCCGACGCCCGAGUGAUGUGAUAGUGUAAAACAACAAGUUAAU